AUGGUCUGCUCAAAGCUGGAUUAUGGAUGCAUUGUUUAUGGCUCUGCGCGAGAAUCUACUCUUCGGAUGCUGGAUGCAAUUCACCAUCAAGUGUUACGUUUGUGCACUGGUGCUUAUCGAACUUCUCCUGUGCAAAUAUCAGAUACUCAGCGGAAAAGGUUAUUUGAAGCUCGCCCAAGUGGUGUUCCUACAUUUGUCAUAAGAAUGGAAAAUGUAAGCAACACGAUUGACCUGGACACAAGCAACAUUUUAGAGGCCGAGGUCAAUAGUAUACCACCUUGGUCAACUCCUGUGAUAAAUGUUGACUUUUGCUUAAAGCAGUUUCCUAAGGAAUUCACUCUACACUACGUCUACAGACAGCAGUUUUCAGAAAUCCAACACAAUGACAGGAACUUAAUUCCUAUUUACACUGACGGUUGUAAAUCGGAUGAUUACGUCAUCUCAGCUUUUGUCUGCCAGGAUGAAAUUGUGGCAGAACAAAUAUCACCGAAUUCUUCCAUCUCUACUGCAGAGCUGCACGCUAUUCACCUAGCCUUAAAGUAUGUAAUCAGAAAAGGUCAUCGUCACUGCAUGAUUUACACUGACUCACAAGUGAUUUCUUUGCAACUGCAUCAGCUUGUUCAUUCCCUCUUAUACCAAUGUGACCUGAGACCCAACAGAAUUUUACAAAGGCAGCUAGUCCUUCACAGCAUACAAUGCAUAUUGAAGGAAGCGACUUGA